GCUCCAAUUCUAAGCGAGGAAAAGCUAGCCGACGUCCGGGGACGCGCAGCUUCUUCUCCAGUGGGAAAAUCUGAUCAGACAUGGCUAGAGGACUGAAGAAACAUCUCAAGAGGCUCAAUGCCCCCAAGCACUGGAUGCUUGACAAGCUUGGUGGCGCUUUCGCCCCAAAGCCAUCUUCUGGACCUCAUAAAGCUAGGGAGUGUUUGCCUCUGAUCCUUAUAUUGAGGAACCGGUUGAAAUAUGCUCUCACUAAUCGUGAAGUCAUUGCUAUAUUGAUGCAGCGACUUGUGAUGGUGGAUGGAAAGAUUAGGACAGACAAGACUUAUCCCGCUGGGUUCAUGGAUGUUGUUCAAAUCCCAAAAACGAAUGAAAAUUUUAGGCUUCUUUAUGACACAAAGGGACGAUUUCGUCUUCAUUCAAUUAGGGAUGAAGAGGCGAAGUUGAAGCUCUGCAAGGUUCGUUCGGUCCAGUUUGGCCAGAAAGGAAUUCCAUAUCUCAACACCUAUGACGGACGAACAAUCCGCUACCCCGAUCCUCUCAUUAAGGCGAACGACACCAUUAAACUCGACCUCGAGACCAACAAGAUAGUAGACUUUAUAAAAUUUGAUGCUGGCAACGUCGUGAUGGUUACCGGCGGAAGGAACAGGGGCCGUGUCGGAGUGAUCAAGAACAGGGAGAAGCACAAGGGUACCUUCGAAACCAUUCACGUCCAGGAUGCCGCCGGGCAAGAGUUCGCCACCCGUCUCGGCAAUGUUUUUACCGUCGGAAAGGGGACCAAGCCAUGGAUUUCCCUUCCGAAGGGGAAGGGUGUUAAGCUGUCCAUCAUUGAGGAAGCCAGAAAGCGCCUUGCUGCUGCUUCAACUGUCGCCGCUUGAUUCUGAAAUGCUUUGUUUUUAAGUCCUAAUCUUCUGUGUUAAUUCUUUUUUUUGCCUGUUAUGGGUGUAUAUGCUACAAAUCUCUGGCACUGAGCUUUGCACAAUGCUUAUGUUUUCAUUACAACAAUGAUGAGAAAUCAAAUCGUUCACAA